AUGUUCGAGAACCUCUGCACCCUCCCGCUGACCUCGGACCUGUUCACCCAGGCCGUCCACCCAACCGAGCCCGUCCUGACCGUGGGCCUCUCGAGCGGCCAUGUCGAGACCUUCCGGAUCCCCUCCUCCGACAACGACUCGGACGAACAAGUCGACGAGAACAGCAGCAUCACAAGCGGCAAGGGCCUGAUCAGGAGUGUGUGGAGCACCCGGCGCCACAAGGGAAGCUGUCGCAGCUUGGCAUACAGCUACGAUGGGCAAUCUCUCUACUCGGCCGGCACAGACUCGGUAGUCAAGCACUUCUCGCCCGAGACAGGCAAGGUCAUCUCCAAGAUCAACAUCCCGCCCCGCGGCUCCUCCGCCGACGACCCUGCCAUCAUGCGCGUCCUCAGCCCCCAGAACCUCCUCGUCGGGACCGACAGCGGCGCGCUGUAUAUCUACGACCUGCGCGACAAGCUGCGCGCCGAGAAGGACCCCAGCUCGAAAGAUCCCCUCGGCUCGAUCGGUGCGCAGCCUGUUCGCAAGCACUUCCCCCACGACGACUACGUUACCAGUAUCACGCCACUACCGCCCAGCGCGGAGUCGACAUCUGGUGUCCCGCGGCAGUGGGUCUCGACCGGAGGAACGACAGUGGCGGUGACCGAUAUCAGAAGUGGCAUCAUCACGAGGAGCGAGGACCAGGAAGAUGAGCUGCUGUGCGCCGAACUCAUACCUUCCGGCCUGGGCCCCAAGAAGCUGCGAAGUAAUGCUGUAGUGGCGGUGGGGACUGGCUCUGGUGUGCUCACAAUCUGGGACAGGGGUUCAUGGGACGACCAACAAGAACGCAUCUACGUCGCAGGCGGGCGCAACAAGAAGGACGGCGAAAGCCUGGACUGCAUUGCGCGCCUGCCAGACGAGCUCGGCUGGGGCAAGAAGGUCGCCGUUGGCGUGGGCGACGGCAGCCUCGCGAUCGUGGAUCUCAAGGCCCGGGAGACCCAGGCCGUCUUGAGACACGAUGACAUCGAGGGAGUGGUUGCUGUCAACUUCGACUGCGAGGGACGCAUGAUCAGUGGUGGUGGAAGGGUCGUGAAAGUAUGGGCAGAACCCAACGGAGCAGACAACGAGGAAGAGGAAGAUUCGGGCGCAGAGGACGGAGCCAAUGGCAACAGCAAGCGCGCAGCCGACAGCGACGAUGAUUCCGAGGACAGUGACGACAGCAGCGACAGCGACCGUCCAAGGCCUAAGAAGAAGAGGAAGGGCGGCAAAAAGGGCCAGCCACAGGGCGAGGCAUUCCCCGGCCUAGAUUAG